CUGUAGGUCGCUGUCACAGCACAGCGCCGAAGCUACUCAGGACAGUGACUACGAGAAAGAAGCCCAUCGCCAUCUUCUCGCCCAAACAUCCGAGUCUCGUCGUCGUCGUCGUCGUCGACAUCGCCUUCACGCCCGUGUUCCGCCAUGAAAGCCAUCAGUCCCGUCCGCUCGGUGAGGAGCUGCUACAAGGCCGUGUGCUGCAUUUCGGAGCAGAGUCUCGCCAUCAGCCGGAAUAAACACUCGUGUCUGGAGGAGCCGGCGGGCCCCCUGUGCGACAUGAACGACUGCUACUCCAAGCUGAAGGAGCUGGUGCCGAGCAUCCCGCAGAACAAGUCGGUGAGCCAGGUGGAGAUCCUGCAGCACGUCAUCGACUACAUCUUCGACCUGCAGAUCGCGCUGGAGGCGGAGGACGCGGCCGCGCCGGAGAUGGUGCUGUCAAUAAAGACUGCGGACCUCACUCGCAAUUUUUCCAAAGAAGACGGGCGGUUGUGCCACUAGGACGAGGAUGACAGAUAAUGGUGCAGGGAAACACAUGUCUCCACUUCAGUCCGGGCAAGAGGACAAGAGGGGCAGAGAGGGUGGGAUAGGUAUUUGGAAGAGGAGGAGGAGGAGGAGGAGGAGGAGGAGGCUUUUAAAGAAAGAAAGGAAGAAAAGACAGAAAAAAGUGGACCGUUUCCUCGAUGAGUGGGAAUCAACAGUAGUGCAUGAGCAAGAAAACAGAGACUCAUUCUUUGGCCCCUUGGACAGACAAAUCAACACACCAAAGCAGACGCCAGGAUUGGAAAGUGAAAGCUGCCCGUCUUUGUGUGCCCUCCUCAACGGACCUGGGAUUCCCUAUAGAUAGAAGUAGAAGUGUUUGGUACAUGAUUCUUUUAUUUUCCUUUUUUUUUUUUUUUCCGUGUUGCAUUCCAAACUUUUUCCUUUUUUUUGUGGGCUUAACUCUCACCCAACCUGAACCCAUCAAGUGUCACAUCACAUCUCACAUAAUUUCCCCGUGUUAUUACCCCACCUCCCAAAAAAAAUCUGUUUUCUAUUGAUCUGUAGACUGUUACAACUUCUUAUGAAUGUGUACAUAUCUGCUGUGGGUAUGUAAGGUGUGAGUCAAUUUGUAUAAUCAGAACUCUAUACUAGAGUCAAUUGUAAAUGUUUGUAGGGAUUGUGUUAUUUCUACAGACAAAGUGAUGCGAGUUUCAUAAACUCUUUAUUAUAAAGUUUGCUUUGUAUGUAUGUUCUUAUGUAAUUAAAUAAAAGAAAAGAUGUGAAACUA